AUGCCAACUCCCAUGGAGCCUGUUGUGGCUCUUGAAGCAGCUAUGCCUGCAAGGGAGGAGGUGCUGCAGCCGCUCCGGCGACGUGCAGAAAUUCGGGCCAAGGGUGCGCGGCCUUUCUUGUCGGCCUUGUGCCGCGAGUUCGAAGGUGCUAUGCCAGUGACGACAGGUCCGCAAGCUUUGAGUAUGCGGCGCAUGGCACGGCAGGCAGAAUGGCAGGCGCAGAACUAUAGCUUCGACGUCAACAGCGACGUGAUCCUCCUCACGGAAGGUUGCGAGCUUGAACGGGAUGCAGAAGUGACAUCGUUCCUGGAUUCGUUAGAGGCCGAGGCCAAAGAGGCUUCAGCGUUCUGCAGCACCUUCCGCCACAUGCAGGAUCGCCUGAAGAAGGAGCUGGACUGCUUGCAUGUACCUUCUGCACCUCAUGUCGCUGCACGACUACAGUGUGAUGACGCGAAACUGCUCGUAGCCGAGCCGCCUUCGGCGAGACUGACACAAGAUUCACUGCCGGGGUUGUUGCCCAACGCUGGAGCGAGCAAGGUUGUGAAGCCCGGGUUCCUCUGCGCCGACCUCCCGGUGCCAAGGAUUUCCUACAGCCAGGCUUUCCGGAGCGACAUCGUUCAGAGCGAAGCGAUUCCGCUGAAAAACUGGGAAAGUCCACUGGAGCUGCCCCUCCCGGGCCAGCUCUACGAAGAGCCGAUGGCAUCGGCAAGAAGCACAGAGGGCGAGCCAGAGACGGCUUCGGAGGGUUCGGAUUUGGCGGAUCCCUUGGAAGAAGCAGCGAAAGAAGACAGAGAGCCGGUCAGACAGGAGCCUACCAGCGUGGUUCCGGCAACGGCUUGCGACGAGUCGUUGCAAGAGGAGGAGGAGGAGGAGGUAGCCGUGACCCCUUGUUGCGGCUCGGAGCCGGGCUCGGACUCCUUCCUCUCUGCCCCGGAAGCUUUGGAGCUCCAGGAAGCACCAGGAUUGGAGGAGCUUCCAAAGUUCCUGGAGCUGGGAAGCCAGCCGUAUGAGUUGCUUUGCGCGGCUCUGCCCUGCAAAGAGCUCUUUGCCCUCCGGCUGGUCUGCACGUCGGCCAAGAUGGAUACGAACCGGGAGAUUGAGGUACGGCUCAAGUCCCUGUGGCUUGGGGCACGCGCUCGUGUGGAGUCACCACCGGCCAGCCCCACCCAUGCUGAAGCCCGAGCUCCUUCGGUGGAAGAGACUCCGGUCAAGCUGAACAUCUAUGACGUGACCACGAAUCCCACUGUGCAGUGGAUCAACAGCCUCUUUGCCAACCAGUACUCGCCAGUGAAGUUUGGCAGCUCGACAUGGGUCUUCAUAUUUCUUCUGGUGUCUCCGUGUGUCUCCUACACUUGA